GAAGAAGAAGACGCCGGAAUAUACAACAAGGUUCAACUUCCUGUUUAAAAAUGGCUGCGCCCUGACGAAUGUCACAUUACUUCAAAUGCUCGUUUUAAGCGUCACGUUUGGUGUAGAAUAAAACAACAGAACACCCUAACAGGGUAAUUAAGCCGUCAUCAUGGUUCACCUAUCGUCGUCUCUGCUGAAGAAGUACCACAAGGGGUACAUCGUCAUCCGGCUGGCGCUCGCCGGCCACAAGCAGGCCAACCGGCCCUUCUACCGCGUGGUGGCGGCGUUCAACAAGCGGGCGCGCGACGGAAAAUACAUCGAGCAGCUGGGCUCCUACGACCCCCUGCCCAACGUGCACAACGAGAAGCUGGUCAGCUUCAACCUGGACCGCAUCAAGUACUGGAUGGGCUGCGGCGCACACCCUAGCAAGCCCGUGGCCAAGUUACUGGGCCUGGCGGGCUUCUUCCCCCUGCACCCCAUGACCGUAACGGAGGCCGAGCGACUAAAGGUCCAGACCACCGACUUGGCAGCCGGGGCUGAGGGGGAAGGUGUGCAGGAAGAGGAACCCAAGCAGCAGAGCGCAUGAGGCUGGGAGCCAGACGCCUUCUGUGGCUCUCCAUUCUGAAAGUAUGAGGGCCUGAACCACACAAGGGUGAUCUCUGGGGUGGAAUGGAUUCUUUUUUUAUGUUAUACUUGUAUAUUUAUGUUGUGUUUUAGAACAAUGCCAUGUAAAAUCAGGUUACCUCUUUUACGUGACUUGAUUAAAAUGGUACAAUAUGAUCCCACGGAUGUCAUCACAACUGUUUUAUUGAAUGUUUGAUUAGAAACCUGAUUAUUUGGUUGGAUUUUUGCCUGUUUAUUUAGAUAUGGGUACAAGGCAAGCAAAACAAAAGUGAGGUCUUCACUCUUUGGAGUUGUAUCUUUACAUACUUCUUGCAGUGAUUGAUUUGAGCCAAAAGAUAAGCUGAUCAAUAAUGUAAACAUCGAAGAGUUUAUCAUUUGAUGUUUAAGAAAAUAAUUUGAAACAAAAUGUUUAAUAAUAGGAGACAUGAAAGUGAUACUUUUGAGUAAUUUGCCAAACAAAGUGAGUAAUGAUCCAGAUGACUUGACAGGUUUAGCAGAAAACCGUGUUCUCCACCCUCCAUUAACAUGCCACUGGAGAAGCAAUUCAUGACAGAGAUCAAGGGUAUUUUCAAAAACUAAUUUUUUGCAAAGAUAUUUCAAUCAUUUUACAAUGCAGUACAGCCCUGGCCAACAAAGCAGCUAUACAGUUUCAAACAACAUCCAACCAAAAAUCAAAUUACAUUCCGUGUCUAAAGAAAAAGUACUUUAUAACGAUGUUUACUUUGUGAAGAUAGUCUUUGAUCACAAAGAACAAUUAAACUUGUGUAUCAAA